GUCACGAUCCGUCAUCGACGUGCAGUUAUUUACUGUUUACCAAAAUAUAAUUUUCCGUCUACGGAGCGAUGAGUGACGAAAAGAUCCACUGAAUUGCCGUGUCCAUUCUCGAAUUCUACCAAAGGAGUCAGCAGACGAAGUAGUAAGAAACUCAUCGACAGCGACACACAUAGCGCAGCAGGAAUGAAGUACGCUACGUCACCUACGCCAUCCCGGAGCAACAGCUCUCUGCUGGGGAUGUCUUCCAGAACGGCAUCGCCACUGCCCGCACCGGCCAACUAUCGCGAUUGCAUGAGCGCCACAACGAAAAGCUACAAAUACCUGCGGCGUUUCAUCAAAUUCGACCAAAUGGACUUUGAGUAUGCAAUGUGGCAGAUGGUGUACCUAUUCAUCGCACCGAAGAAAGUCUAUCGCAACUUCAACUACCGCAAACAAACCAAAUCACAAUUUGCUCGAGAUGAUCCAGCCUUCUUGGUGUUGCUAGUGGGUUGCCUUUGUGUCACGUCAAUUGGGUUUGCGUGGGUGUUAAGCUUAGGGUUUCUGCAGACGAUCCUGUUCACACUGUACGUCGUGUUUGUCGACUGCAUAUUCUGCGGCAUGAUCGUGGCCACCCUGCUUUGGGUGAUUGCGAAUCGCUACUUUCGCGAUCGAAACAGCGACUUCGACAUGGAGUGGGGCUACGCGUUCGAUGUGCAUUUGAAUGCGUUCUUCCCGCCCCUGAUACUGCUGCAUUUCAUACAGCUGUUCUUCUACCAUCCGCUAAUUAGCAGGGACUGGUUCAUAUCAACGUUCAUCGGCAACACCAUUUGGCUGUUGGCGCUCGGAUACUACAUCUAUAUCACUUUCCUGGGAUAUAAUGUUGUCCCGUCGCUGAAAAAUACGCGAAUAAUUCUCGUAACACUACCGCUUCUGUGUUUGUUCUACGUCGUGACGUUAAUUAUAGGAUGGAAUUUGAGUGUGUCCCUGAUGUACUACUAUCACUAUCGAGUGUUGUAAACAAUAAAGUUCCAUACUUACAAG